AGAGGGCAGGGGUCCCCAGAGCCGUGCAGCGCCACUACUGGACUGGAGAGGGUGCCUGCUGAGUCCCUGCCAGGAGCCCCGCUAGGCCGCAACGAUGACUGGUGUUUGGGACACCUCGGAGGCCAUCCCACAGGGCAAAGAGAAGCCCUAACCAAUCCUCGUACCCCAGGGCCGUGGCUGGCGAUGUGACUCAUCCCCGUGGUCAGGACGGCGCAGACCCCAGGCAGGGGCGAUUCCCGGGGAGGGUCUCACUCUGGGUCCAGCUCCACGCGGCACCAUGAACAAUAACUUCUGCCGGGCCCUGGUGGACCGGCGGUCCCUGGCGCCCCCCAGCUGCAUGCAGUUGGGCGUCGUGCCCCCUCCGCGCCGGGCGCCCCUGCCCCCCGCCGAGCCCCUGGGCAACGUGCCCUUGCUGCUGUACCCAGGCCCGGCCGAGCCGCAGUAUUACGACGCCUACGCGGGCGUGUUCCCCUACGUGCCCUUCCCCGGUGCUUUCGGGGUGUACGAUUACCCCUUCGAGCCCGCCUUCAUCCAGAAGCGCAACGAGCGCGAGCGGCAGCGGGUCAAGUGCGUCAACGAGGGCUACGCGCGCCUCCGCGGCCACCUCCCUGGCGCCCUGGCGGAGAAGCGGCUCAGCAAGGUGGAGACCCUGCGCGCCGCCAUCCGCUACAUCAAGUACCUGCAGGAGCUGCUGAGCGCGGCCCCCGACGGCGCGCAGCCCGCGGGCUCCCCGUCCGACUGUCCGGGCGAUGGCGAAGCCCGGGGGCCCGCCUCCCUGGUGCCCGAGUCGUCCGAGUCUUCCUGCUUCUCCUCCUCGCCUUUCUUUGAGUCGGAGGAAUCCAGCCACUGAUCGGUGAUAGAGGGGGCACCACAGAGACCGGAGGAGCCCCGUCGGAGCAGUGAGGGCGCCGGGCCCCGGGAAGUUGCGGGUGCGCGCCGCGCCCGCUCCAGGCCUCAGGAGGGCAGCCCGGGACGGCCGUCCCUGGAUGGGUCUCCGUCUCUGCUUCAGCCCGCGGCGGGGUGGUGCACAACCCGCCGUGGUGGCCCUGCCCCGUCCUCUGUCGCCACAGGCGCAACCCUGUGUCUGCGACUCCCUAGGAGGCCAGCCGGUCUUUGGUUUGGAUGAGCCGUGCCCUUGCCGUCCACGAGAUGGCCUCAAACACUAGCGUCCACUUUGGGGGCUGGCCUGCCACCCCCGCCUCCCACCCCACCCCGAGAG